CGAACCUAAAGAAGCACCUAAGGCCAGCAAAGAUUAUAAGUAGAGGAAAAAUUAUGAAUUUCUGGGGCAUCCUAGUGAUAUUUUCUGCCUGCGCAGCUUUUCAGCUGGCAGAGUCGCGAAUUCAGCACGAUUACCGUCCUAACAGAAUAAUUGACUCUUCAAAAGAUGGUUCAAGUUCAUUUGUGCGAGGAGAUGUUUUGGAGGACACUAUGGUUUCUUAUUCAGACGAGACGAAAGUGUAUACUUUACAGCACAUGGAACAUUCAACAGAAACCGAAUCAACACGGAAGAUACGUUUGAGCUUAAGUGAAAGGCGUGAAGCAUUAUAUCUAUUUGCCGAUAAUCUGUAUAUUGAGUAUUUGAAAGAUUUCGUUGGUAAAACACGUGAAGUCUUGUAUAAUCUUAUCCUUGAACUCGAAGCAUUAACCAAGAGGAGUGACGAUGUUAAAGGGAAACUAACUGAACUAAAAGCCACUCUAACAGAACUUGAUGGCUUUGACAUAGAAUCCGAUAACUUAGRCGAAGCCUCCGAUAUUGUCACUGAACUGAAUAACGAGUUUGAUGAACCUGUAAAUGAGCCACCAGAAGUGGUCGCCGCACUCAGAAAAGUAAAUUGGAUGGACAUGCGUUACGARCUGGGCGAUGAAAUGUUUGCAAUUACCAAUAAAUUUGUCAUAGCAUUCAAUAAAUUUGUGGCUACACUCACGCCGUGGGAGCGACUGAGGGAGGCCGACUUAGUCGAUCUGAACAAACGGUUUAACGACGACACAACUGUUGACCAAUGGGAUUUGUUCAGUGAGUUUUGGACAUAUUUCUAGUAAUUUACAACUAAAGCUAAGAUGAUACGAACUUAUAUACCAAGACCUCUCUUAUACUAUACUUAAUAACAUUAUAUGCUGAUUAACCUCUACAUACCAUACAAUUUUAUAUAUAUAUCACUUUAAUAAAAUCUUUGAACUUUAACUUUGC